AUGUUCCGCGUUGAACUCAUCUCAGAUAAGGGCUCCGCCCCAACUCCAGGCUGGACAUACGUCGCCGACCGAUCCUUCAAUCCAGCCAAAGCCGCCAAUGCCCCAACACUAAGCCGCAAACGCGGUAUCCGCGACGCCGGUAAAGGUGGCGAUAUGUCCUCUCGACGAGCGAACGCGAUUAUUCGUCAUCUUGCCGAACUAGACCGUGAAAACCAGCGCGAUGUCUCGAUUCCAGUCCCCGUGAAACAAGCCAAGGAGGCCGGAGCUCGUGGCACGCGCGCAAAGACCACAUCGAAUGUACGACGAAUCCUACAAUCUCAGAAAUCCUUCCGCAAUCAUCUCGACGACGAAGAAGCUGCGCUAAGUAAUGCUGCUGCGAGUGGCGCUGGUUUGGGAGGUGGGAAUUUGGCGUUAAAGGGGAAUAAAGCUGUUGCGGCAGCUGCGAGACGGAGCUCAACACCUGUUACUAUUGCUUCUAGCUCUGCGGCGAAGAAGAAGCGUGUCUCGACGGUUGGGAGUACGAGGUUAUCGAAUACGACUACCACUGCGGCGUCUCCUGCACCUACGACUACGACUAUGGAGGUUGAUGAGGAGGAUUCGGAGCGCAAACAUAAGUUGUUAAAGACGGAACAUGAUGAUGAUCCUCUGUUACGGUCUUAUGCACCUACCAUGCCUUCUGAUCGCAUUAUUCAGCGUCUGCUUGCUGAGCCGCCGCUAUCUUAUAAUGCGUCGCGUGCGGGCCCACCGAACUCGUCGCGCUUGCCGAGACAUUUCUGUUGUAUGUGUGGAUAUUGGGGGAAGAUUCGGUGCAAGAAUUGCCAUGUGAGGACUUGUGGGCUGGAUUGUUAUCGGGUUCAUGAGGAUUCGAGGUGUGGGGCGUUCUUUUAG